CACAGAUCGCGGGCUCCGGACGCCCCGACUCCAGAAACCCGGAGUCGCCGGGAAGAACAGGAGAGCUCAGCAAGCUCAGGCUUGGCCCCGGUCGCUGCCACCUCGCUCGGCUCCGCUCCCGCCCCAUGGCUCCGCUGCGGCCACCGCCGAUGAUGCCUUUGAGUUCCGAGGGCCUUCGCCGCAGCGGGUGCAAGCCCUCCUUUAAGGACUAAACAGGAUCGCCGACAGCUCAACCGCACAGUCCAUCCCCAGGAAGGUCGAGACCCAAAGGCUGGAGAAGAGGAGAAAGAACGGGCAGAAAGCAGGACUCAGGUCCACACGGGACAGUCCGUCCCCCUGGCUCAGCCGAGCAAGCCGGGCUGCGCAGCUGGUUUGCAACAGACUCAGUGCCGGCGACUGUGCAGGAGUCGUUCCGUCCUCCACGCCGGUCCCUCGCACCUGCGGGAGUCCUACACCCUCGGACUCACCUGACCCCUGGCAUCCCCAUUCCGGCUGCGGCGGCCGGAGCCGAACUCCGCGGGCCUGGAGCACGGCGAGGGCUAAUAUGCCCAGAGCCGAGGCGCGAUGAAGGAGAAGUCCAAAAAUGCAGCCAAAACCAGGAGGGAGAAGGAAAAUGGCGAAUUUUAUGAGCUGGCCAAGUUGCUCCCGCUGCCGUCGGCCAUCACCUCGCAGCUGGACAAAGCAUCCAUCAUCCGACUCACCACCAGCUACCUGAAGAUGCGCGCAGUCUUCCCGGAAGGUCUAGGAGACGCGUGGGGACAGCCGAGCAGAACAGGGCCCCUGGACAGCGUGGCCAAAGAGCUGGGAUCCCAUUUGCUGCAGACUCUGGAUGGCUUUGUUUUUGUGGUGGCCUCUGAUGGCAAAAUCAUGUAUAUAUCUGAGACCGCUUCUGUCCAUUUAGGCUUGUCUCAGGUGGAGCUCACGGGCAACAGUAUUUAUGAGUACAUCCAUCCUUCGGACCACGAUGAGAUGACAGCAGUGCUCACGGCCCAUCCGCCGCUGCACCACCAUCUGCUCCAAGAGUACGAGAUAGAGAGGUCUUUCUUUCUUCGAAUGAAAUGCGUCCUGGCGAAAAGAAACGCAGGCCUGACGUGCAGUGGAUACAAGGUCAUCCACUGCAGCGGCUACUUGAAGAUCAGGCAGUACAUGCUGGACAUGUCCCUGUACGACUCCUGCUACCAGAUCGUGGGGCUGGUGGCCGUGGGCCAGUCGCUGCCGCCCAGUGCCAUCACCGAGAUCAAGCUGCACAGCAACAUGUUCAUGUUCAGGGCCAGCCUUGACCUGAAGCUCAUCUUCCUGGAUUCCAGGGUGACAGAGCUUACGGGCUAUGAGCCACAAGACCUGAUUGAAAAGACGCUGUACCAUCACGUUCACGGCUGUGACACCUUCCACCUCCGCUAUGCACACCACCUCUUGCUUGUGAAGGGCCAGGUCACCACCAAAUACUACCGGCUGCUGUCCAAGCUGGGCGGCUGGGUGUGGGUGCAGAGCUACGCCACCGUGGUUCACAACAGCCGCUCCUCCCGGCCCCACUGCAUCGUGAGUGUCAAUUAUGUCCUCACGGAUAUUGAAUACAAGGAACUCCAGCUGUCUCUGGACCAGGCAUCCACGUCUAAGUCUCAGGACUCCUGGAGAACCGCCUUGUCUACCUCACAAGAAACUAGGAAAUCAGCUAAGCCCAAACAUACGAAGAUGAAGACGAAGCUGAGAACGAACCCUUACCCCCCACAGCAAUACAGCUCGUUCCAAAUGGACAAACUGGAGUGCAGCCAGGCGGGAAACUGGAGAACUAGUCCCCCCACAAAUGCUCCGGCUCCCCCAGAACAGCAGCUCCAUUCAGAAGGCAGCGACCUUUUAUACGGGCCACCCUACAGCCUCCCCUUCUCCUACCAUUAUGGACACUUCCCUUUGGACUCUCAUGUCUUCAGCAGCAAGAAACCAGCCUUGCCCGCCAAGUUCGGGCAGCCCCAAGGAUCCCCGUGUGAGGUGGCACGCUUUUUCCUGAGCACGCUGCCAGCCAGCAGCGAAUGCCAAUGGCACCAUGCCAACCCCCUAGUGCCCAGCAGCCCAUCGCCAGCUAAAAACCUUUCUGAGCCUCCUGUAAAUGCUGCCCGGCAUGGACUUGUGCCAAACUAUGAAGCGCCCGCCGCCGCCGCUCGCAGGUUCGGCGAGGACCCAGCGCCCCCGAGCUUCCCGAGCUGCGGCCACUACCGCGAGGAGCCGGCUCUGGGUCCCGCCAAGGCGGCGCGCCAGGUGUCCCGGGAGGUAGAUAUGUAA